AUGAGAUUGAACCAAAGCCUGGCCACCGCUACUGGGCUGGUUGCUGCCGCCAGAGCAUCGGUCGAGCACACGGUUUGGACGACUGUCGUGACCACCGACUACACCACCUACUGCCCGUCCCCGACUACUUUCGCAUGGCAUAAUGUGACAUACACUGCUACAUCAGAGACGACGGUCACCAUCACGAACUGCCCGUGUACUGUCACCUACUCGCAGCCUCCUCCAGUGACCACGACCUGUUACCCAACUGUCGUGCCUCCCUCCUCAGGAACUGGCACCAUUCCGACCUACUCCUCCUACUCCAACGUGAGCUCGACGGUUAUCACCUACACGCCGCCUGUGACGACUACCAUCUCCGGCACUGUCCCUAUCACCACUUCAGGUACCCCUAGCACUCCUGGUUCUCCCAGUGGUACACCCGGUUCUCCCAGUGGUACACCUGGUUCUCCGGGCAGUACACCUGGUGGAUCUCCUGGCUCUCCGGGUAGUACACCUGGUGGCUCCCCGGGCUUCCCUAACACUUCUGGCUCUGUCACCGCAACCACUUCUGGCUCUGUCACCGCAACGGUUCCGACUAACACUCCCAUUGCGCCGACCACGACGCCAACCAUUGUGCCUGUGCCAACUAUUGUUCCUGUGCCAACUGCCGCAGCUGAUAAGGUGUCUCCUGUCGCCCUUCUCGCAGCUGGUAUCAUCGCCCUCGUCCUGUAA